AUGGCUCACGUUCGCGCGCAAGCCAACACCUACAACUUCAUUGUUGCCUUUUUUGUGGCACUAGGAUCUCUCACGUAUAGUUUCAACUCGGCGAUUAUAGCUGCUCUGAUCGGACUUCCCUCGUUCCUCUCUUACUUUGGCAUCAAUGCAAAUACUUCCCAUGGUGCGUCCCUCAUUGGCGCCUGUAACGGCGUCUAUUCGGCUGGCGGUGCCAUCGGCUGCUGGAUUGUGAACUGGCUUCUGGAUGGUCUUGGCCGCAAACGUUCGAUUCAGGUCAUUGCCGUUGUCUGCAUCAUUUCGGCUGCAAUUCAGGCAGGGUCUGUCGAUAUUGCUAUGUUUAUUGUCGGCCGAUGCCUCAACGGUGUGGGCGUGGGAAUGAUUAACUGCACCAUCCCUACAUAUAUCUGCGAAAUUUCCCCAGCUCGCCAACGUGGACGGGUCGUCAGCAUCCACGGUGUUCUGAUUGCCUCCGGAUACGGAGUGGCUGGAUGGGUUGGAUUGGGAACGUACUUUGAGAAGAAUCCGUCUAUCCAAUGGCGUCUUUGUGUUGCCCUCCAGAUUGUGGCUCCACUGCUCCUACUCUGUGGCAGUCCUUGGGUCCCUGAGUCUCCUAGAUGGCUUAUCAACAACAACCGUGAUCAAGAAGGUUUGAAAAUUUUGAUGAAGCUCCAUGAGCACCCGUCUGAUCCACAGAACAUUGGAGCUCGAGAAGAAUUUGUCCAAAUCCAGACACAGCUUGCCCUUGAUCGCAAACAAAAGGCAGGAAAUAUAUUUCAGCUGUUCCGGAACCCUUUCUAUCGCAAACGCCUCCUCUACGGAUUCUGGCUGCAGGCAAUGUGUCAAAGUAGCGGUGUCUUGGUCAUUAAUAACUAUAUGAUUAUUAUCCUUGCGAGCCUCGGGGUAACUGGUUGGAUCCCCCUGAUGCUCAACGCCAUUUACAAUUCUUGGGCGGGCUUCUUGAAUUUUAUUAACUCGCUAUUGAUUGAUCGCUUCGGGAGAAUCCGGAUCAUCUCAAUUGGAAUUAGUGGUGGUAUUUUUGCUGUGAUCAUGGUCACUGCCAUGGUGGCGAAUUUCGGCGGACCGGAUAACACCAACCGGGCCGGCGCUGGUAUGGGAGUGUUCUUUAUGUUCUUGUUUGCUACCUUCUAUGCAAGCUGCGUGGACGCGACGAGCUACGUCUACUGUUCCGAGAUCUUUCCCACCAACAUCCGUGCUCAAGGUGUGGGGUUCUCAGUGAGUAGCUUGUUCAUCAUGACAACUAUCUACACUUCAGUUGCCGGGCCUGCUUUCAAUGCUGUUGGCUGGAGGUUCUACUUGGUCUUCAUCAUUGUACCAGCAUUCAUGCUCGCUGUGGUCAUCAAAUGGUUCCCGGAGACGAAGAAUCUGAGCUUGGAGGAGAUUGGCGCUCUCUUUGGUGAAAAGGUCGCCAUCGAUCUCUCCCACCUUUCCGAGGCGGAACGUCAGGAGUUUGACGAUCGACUUGCCCAGGCGGUCGAUAUGUCGGAUAUCAUCAACACCAAGGUGGGCGUUGUGGCUGAUCAUAUCGACGACCCAGAGACAAUUGAUUACGUCGAAAAUACGGGUCCGGUCAAAGUUUGA